AGAUUCAUUUCUGCUGGUGGUGCUGGAGGCACAGCACAUUGCAAGAGCAUAACGUGACGCACAAGGAGCCGGGACACACACGGCCAUCAAAUGGAUUACUCUGACAUACACUUGUGAACUCCAACACAGCAAGGACAACACAGUCAGCAGGCACACAAAGGGCUUGCACAGACCUUGCAGAACUUCGUAGUCACACUGACAGAAUUAAAAGAAAAACUACCUGCCGUUGAUGAAGACACACUGACAUUUUUUUUGCGUCCUCCCUAAAUUAUUUAGAAGCCAGCUGAUAUUACGCUAAGUGGAGGGACUUGGAUAGACAGCUGAAGAUGUCAAUGUUUUUGGGUGAAUUUCUGACAGCUUCUUGUCACCACAGCUGCACCACUGAUGUGAGUCAUAAUCACUGAGACGAGAGAAAAACACACCGAGAGAAAAGGACGCGUGAGAAAGCUUACCAUGCACUGACAAUAAGGAAUGGAAAGCAUCAGUGUGGAAACGGACUGGGAUGGGUUAGCCCUCUCAUCUCUGGUCACCACAGGAAGGAACAACUUCUCUUCCUCUUCUUUGUUUGUCUCUGAACUGAACUCCCUCAAUAGUUCUCACAGUGGGGGAUCCUUCUUCGGGAUCUUUCCUGAGAAUGAUUCCACCACCACGCCUCACACCAUGCCCCAGCCCAGGGUGAGGGACCUGGGCCUUGCCCGGGCAGAGAUUGCAGUUCUCGCGACAGUGCUGGCUCUUACCACCCUUGGGAAUAGUUUUGUGCUGUGGGUGCUGCUGAGGAGGAGGAAGCACAAUGCACCGAUGCACGUGUUCAUGGUCAACCUGUGUGUGGCUGACAUGGUGGUGGCCCUCUUUCAGGUUCUUCCCCAGCUAAUAUGGGAUAUCACAGAGAAGUUUCAGGGGCCUGACUUUCUCUGCCGGUCUAUCAAGUACUUGCAGAUUGUGGGCAUGUUUGCUUCCUCCUACAUGAUAGUUGCCAUGACAGUAGACCGGCACCAUGCCAUCUGCUGCCCAUUGCAGGCCUACCGUGGGGGAGCCAUGUCCCGCUGGAACACCCCUGUCAUGGUGGCCUGGGGCUUGGCGCUAAUUCUCAGCAUACCACAGGUGUUCAUCUUCUCUCGCUCAGAAGUUGCUCCUGGAGAGUAUGAGUGCUGGGGUCACUUUGCUGAGCCAUGGGGGCUGAAGGCCUACGUCACCUGGAUGACUGUGGCUGUCUUCCUCCUGCCCGCCCUCAUCAUUACCAUCUGUCAGAUAAGAAUCUUCCGAGAGAUUCACAAUAACAUUUACCUGAAGUCAGAGAGGAUGGGGAUGGCUGAGUUGAAGAAGAAUGAAAUCUUCUUCCGCUUCCAUCGCUUUAAGAAGGAGGAUGAGCGGGCCAGGGAGAGGGGGAGACGGGCGUCUGGAGGAGGGGGCAGGGAUGGGAGAGGAGGACAGCUCUUAAAGGGUAUGAAUAACAACCCUCACAAUAACACCCAUAACAGCCAAGGGGGCGAGUGUUACGACUAUGUACCAUCCGCUAUUCAGUAUAACAGUUGCUGUGGUGAACAUGUGACAACAACAACAUCGUCUACACAACAGCAAACACUGAACAGCUCAGAUUGCCAGGAGUCCUACACGUCCUACGAGCUGGCCUCAGGCUCACCCCGCUGCUCCCUUGACUAUGCCCCCCCUCACCGUCCAGCCACUCCGCCUCCAAGCAUCACUAAAGCCAUGUCCAAGACAGUGAGAAUGACCCUGGUCAUUGUGCUGGUCUAUACUAUCUGCUGGUCGCCUUUCUUCAUCGUCCAGCUUUGGGCGGCCUGGGACCCCAACCCUCCAAACCAAGGAGUGGCCUUCACUAUCCUGAUGCUGCUAGCCAGUCUGAACUCGUGCACCAACCCGUGGAUCUACACAGCUUUCUCCAGCAGCGUGUCCCGAGAGCUUCAGAACCUGCUGCACUGUCGGUCGCGACCUGGUCGCCGGGGCUCCCUGCCUGACGACUCCACCACCACGCACACCUCCACCACCAAGGACAGCCUGUACUGACAGAGACCGAUGACACAGAAACAGACACACAGAGACAUGUUUGAAAAGACAUGCAUGGGUGCACACGGGUCCGUUGCAAGGACGUGUUGUUCCACACAACUCUGCCGCCACCACCACCUUCAGCGUCGCAGCAUGAGAACGGAGAGCACUGACCUCUACCAGAUGUUUCCAACAACAAAGGACAGCUGUACUGUCAACAGGACCUCUGUCUGUAAUCACCUGUCUUCUCCACCCCAGUAAUGAGGAAGAGCGUUAUUAAAGAUGUCAACACUACCAUUUUAUGAGGGCACUGUGGAAUAUACUGUACAGUGAGAGCAUCUGCAAUGCAAAAUGGCCUUGAAAGUAGAGAUUUUCACCUCAGCUGCAGUUGAGUAGGACCCUGUGCAUUGAUUGAAUAUGAGAAAUGAGGAAAAAGUCUUGCCUUGCUCAGACAGAGCAGAGCCACAGGAAUGCAAAGGGUGGAUCACUGCAUUUAUGGCUUUACAGCACGCCUAAUGCACAAAGCAGCAGACAAAGCUAUGGGUGUAGAGAAAACAAAGCAGCAGGCUGAGGGAAAUAGAGAGAGAGCCACAUACACACAGCAAGAGAAAGCGAUACUGCUGUUGGACUGAGAACAGACAGGGGAUGACAUGGAUGUUACAGCUGCAGGAGCGGUCCUGAGAAGUCUGUAGUUGAAAUCUAAUAAUGUGAACAAACUUAAAUCAAAGAAAGUGGAUUAGAGACAGAUGCUUGAGGCUGAAUUCAUAGUUGCUCAGGAGAAAUCUGGAUCCAAAGAACAAUAGUGAUUUGGAUGGAAGAGAUUCACUCAUGAGGACGGUGCAAUAGAAUCAAGACAGUGCCCCACAAAGAAGUGGAAUACCGUGGGUUAACACAGACAGGAGGAGGGUCAGGCCUAGAAGAAUACAAAUGAACAAUCCAGGUUUCCGCAAUCAACCGGGACACAAUUAUGUGAUUGUAUUUUGUGCAAACACAGCAUAUGAGGUACACAAAAUUACCUUCCUGUCAUGCUCUUCUGAAAGUAUGAAACAAGAACAUGAACAUUAACAUGAACAGACACAGGAAGGAAACAAAUAAGAAACAUUCAACAGCAUUCCAUGUACAUUAUUACAUUAUUUAUUGAAAAUGUAAGGCACAAUAGAUGUUAUAACAUUAAGUGUAAGAUAAAUGUUGAAUGUAAAUCAUACAAUUGUAAUGGUCCGACAUGUGUAGUAGAAAACAAGGAAACCAAAGAUUUUUUAAAGCGCGACAGUAGAAUCAAUUCAGGUCUUAAUAGCAGAGAUAUUACAAAGCUUCAACAGAUAAUUGAUAUUAAGUGGAAAGAGAAACUACUGCACAUCAUGUCGACUGCCUGUCAGUUCAAGAAAAACUUCACAUCAAGAGAAAAUUCUCCCAGUCUAACCAAGUGCCUGUAACGUCAGUAGACAUUUGUAGGGGGGCCUCCCUCACUGGAUUCUUCCUUGAAUGAUAUCAGCCAUGUUAUUCUUAGACAGAGCUACUACCAGAGCAGCAAUCAUUGGAUAUGAUAUAUCACACCAUGAGCCAUGUGUUCUUUUUUUAUUUAUUGUUGUAUAAACAAAAAUAUACAUAUAUAUAGUAUAUAGAUAUUUCAUUUCCUGUUACUGUCUUCUGUUCAUGUACAGUUUUUAUAUCACAUUUUUCUGCGUUAAGAGUAAUGUAUUAUGCCCCUCAGCUGCAUGAUAGACUUAAGAUAGUAAUGUUAUGACUUUUUAAAAAAAAAGUAUGAUUAUAUAAGCUACUGUACGUACAGUAGAUCUGAUAACUUUCUGUGUGUAUAAAAUAAGAUUAGAAUUUACUGUAUCUGGUCAAACUAUUCAUUUCAGACUAGAUGUUCCUCAAAAUAAUGGUGUGUUUUUUUAAAUGCCGUAAACUCAUUCUGAGCCGGUUCAGCACAUCCUUCUUUCAUGAGAGAGCAGUGAUAUGCGAGUCUGCAGGACAAUACUGGGAUAGUUUCAAGGUGUCUCAGGAGUACUCGUCUGGGUCGAAGGAGAAGCCUCACCUUUCCUCUGUGCAGCCAGGGUGUUUGUGCUUUCAGCACGCCACUGUGAAUUUGUUCUCCAGACACAAGCCUCCACUUUGAUUCUCUGCCAAAUGAAAGGCUACAGCAACAACGUCCCGUGUCUCACUUUGUUAUAUCAGGAAAUAGAUGAACUUCUCCCAAACCCUCUGGGGUGUUCAUGUAUUUUCCUCUUCCUGUCAGGAAGCUAAUAGGUCAGAGGAUGAUUCUUCUCUCCUGAAAGGGCCAGACUUCAGAUCCGUCCAGCCUUUCAUAUUGAUGGGAAACGCCAAACACACUUUCAUUGUGCAUUAUACUUUCUGAUCAGCCAUUAGUGUACAUUACAACAGCUAAAUAAUGAAUGUCCUCCAAUAAAUGGAAAAUUUACUGGCACAGACACUCACUAAAAUUAGAUCCAUCAUUGCAGAGAAUUUCCCUGUGACUCUUGUUUCCUGAGGAUAGAAGACCUCACAGUAGCUGUUAUCACACCAACCAUCGUGUCAGAGCAUAUGAUAGAUGGUCUAUAGGGUAGGUCACUGCUUUUUUGUAAUCAUGUGGUGUGUGUGUGUCAGUGUGAGUGUGUUUAUGCUGAAUGUCCUGAUGCUCAUGGUUUCCAAGCUGAAUUGAAGUUGAUGUCUGAACUCAAGGUCACUUCUUUAUUACAGUAGGGCAGAGCUUCCUGCCAGGCCUGUGGCUGUAAUGGGGUAUAAGGGAAAUAAAUGAGCCCUCUGUGUAACUGUCACAGGGACAGGAAAAAAGGUGAACUUCCCUAUUCAAAUCAAUUCAGGGUCAGCCAAGGAGUGCAUCUAGUGGCUCUAAAGAAUGACGGAGCCCCCCAGCCUUGACCAAAAUCAGCAUAAAUCAGACCUGGUGGUUUAGCUUUACUACACUGAGCAAUGUGUCUGCAUUGCUUACCUCAAGACCCCUCAGCAGACCUGAUGACUGCCGAGGCUGCUACUAAGCUCAUUCCAAGACACCGGGAGGCAUCUGGCCCCAACCAACUUACACAACCAACUCCAGUGUCUGUGUUAGCGGAGAGCACUGGAGCAUCAUACUUUAUAAACAGAGGAAGCAGAAGAAAAACGAGCCAGACAAUUUAUCAUGCCUUUUCAAAACACAAAAUUAUUUUCUUUGUUUCACUUUUCUCUCUUUCUCUCCCUUCAACCAGGUGAUUUUUUUUAAAAUACUUUCUGUCUGUCAAAGCAGCUAGGAGUUUAUUUUGGGAGUUUGUUUCACACAAGAAAUAUGUUUCUCACAUAAAAGGUAGCUGCACCCAUUGUCUUUCUUUACAACAGCUGUUUUCAAGGUGAUUUUUGCCAAAUAUAGCCACACUUUUAUUUUUAUUGGCGGCAAUUAUGAUUUUACAGAAUCGCUUGCCUCAUUCUUUAGAGAAGAUGAAGUAUUUACUGAUUUAAAAUGGGUUAUUCCCCUGAGAGCCUGGAGGAUCAAAGUUAGCUUUUAUCACUCUUACCCACCCUGUUUUCAUUACUUAAAGUGUGGUUGUGUUCACACCUCAACAAGACCCUGUCAUUUUUUUCUUCACAGUAAAAACAGGCAUGUGUCUGAAUAAAUCCAUUUUAUGGGAGCUCAUUCAACAGGCUUUCACAGGCUUUAUGUGCAAAGAAAUGGUUUGUUGUGAUGUGUCUACUCCAGUUUAACCUACAGGUUUUCAUGGCUCCUGGCCAGCUAUGAGAAGUGCACACAAAUUUAAAAAAAAUAAAAUAGCUCUGUUACCGUG